UCUCUUGACUCUAUACAGUUAGUCGGGUGGAUGCAUGUUGUGGCUGGUAACAACACCAGUGAAUCUGCUUCUGAUUAUUCACAAGAAGAAUUUUUUCUUAUGGUAAAACUGCCAUUGUGUGCUGGAUCUAGACUCUGUGGACAAACAGGUCCACAGACUAUAUAAGGCCACCUCAACUCUUUGGUUGUGUGGAGGAGUUUUCUUUUGCUCAUCCCUUGGAAUAACUGACCCUGGGACAGAGCAGUCCCAGGCCUUGCGAGGAUCCUGCAGAACUUUCCUCAAAGCUUGACUGACAUACUGACACAAUGCCGGGGUCUGUAAAGUUACGAAGUUUCAAAAAGUUUGGGCAGGAAAAUAACGGCUAUGAUUUCACAGAUGAAGGCAAAAAUGGAGAUUACAUGACAAUGGCAUCUUCAAAAGACACCAAAGACUCUAAAGCGAAGAAAGACCAACCAGCCAUCCGGGUUGGAUUCUUUCAACUGUUUCGCUUUGCCAGCUGCCGCGAGAUUCUGAUGAUGAUAACGGGCAGUUUUUGCGCGAUUCUGCACGGCUCAGCACAACCGCUGAUGUUGCUGGUGUUUGGGAUGCUAACAGACACGUUUAUUGAAUAUGACAUCGAGCUACAAAUGUUAUUGGAUCCGGCUAAGGAGUGUGUGAACAAUACUAUUCAGUUUCGUAAUCUCACCCAAGAGGAGAACUUGGAGCAGAAUAUGACAAGAAUUUGCGGUAUUUUGGACAUCGAAUUCGAGAUGACAAACUUUGCAUAUUACUAUGUUGGCAUUGGAGCUGCUGUGUUCAUUCUGGGAUACUUUCAAAUCUCCCUGUGGGUGACUGCUGCAGCCCGUCAGAUCCAGAUCAUCCGGAUGAUGUACUUCAGGAAGGUGAUGAGGAUGGAGAUUGGCUGGUUCGACUGCACUUCUGUCGGGGAACUCAACACACGCAUGUCUGACGACAUCAACAAGAUCAAUGACGCCAUUGCAGACCAGGUGAGCAUCUUCAUCCAGCGCUUCACCACCUUCGUGUGCGGCUUCCUCAUGGGCUUCGUCAAGGGCUGGAAACUCACCCUCGUCAUCAUCGCCGUCUCGCCACUCAUCGGUGUGGGAGCCGCUCUCAUGGCUCUGUUUGUAGCCAAGCUCACCGGGCAGGAGCUGCAGGCCUACGCCAAGGCUGGAGCGGUGGCGGACGAGGUCCUGUCUGCCAUCCGCACCGUGGCCGCCUUCGGUGGGGAGAGGAAGGAGGUUGAGAGGUAUGACAAGAACCUGAUCUCGGCGCAGCGUUGGGGCAUCAGGAAGGGCCUGAUCAUGGGCUUCUUUACCGGCUACAUGUGGUUCAUCAUCUUCCUCUGUUACGCUCUGGCCUUCUGGUACGGAUCCAGUCUGGUGGUGGACACUCAGGAGUACAGCCCCGGAACACUGCUGCAGGUGUUUUUUGGUGUUUUGAUUGCUGCACUGAAUCUUGGCCAGGCAUCUCCAUGCCUAGAGGCCUUUGCCUCCGGCAGAGGAGCAGCGACUAUCAUCUUUGAAACCAUUGAGCGGGAGCCAGAGAUAGACUGCAUGUCAGAGGCUGGCUACAAACUGGAUAAGGUGAAAGGAGACAUUGAGUUCCACAACGUGACCUUUCACUAUCCUUCCAGACCAGAAGUCAAGAUCCUGGACAAGCUGAGUCUGCCGGUGAAGUCAGGUGAAACAACUGCGUUCGUCGGCCCGAGUGGAGCCGGAAAAAGCACAGCGGUCCAGCUCAUCCAGCGCUUCUACGACCCCAGAGAGGGCAUGGUGACCCUGGAUGGUCAUGACAUCCGCGGCCUGAACAUCCAGUGGCUUCGCUCCCUCAUGGGCAUCGUGGAGCAGGAGCCGGUGCUGUUUGCCACCACUAUCGCUGAGAACAUUCGCUACGGUCGCCCCGGCGUCUCCUCCGAUGACAUCAUCAAGGCUGCCAAAGAGGCCAAUGCUUACAACUUCAUCAUGGACCUACCACAGAGAUUUGACACACUGGUGGGAGAGGGUGGGGGACAGAUGAGUGGCGGUCAGAAGCAGCGAAUCGCCAUCGCCCGCGCCCUGGUCCGCAAUCCCAGAAUCCUCCUGCUGGACAUGGCCACCUCUGCCCUGGACAACGAGAGCGAGGCUGUGGUACAGGAGGCUCUGGACAAGGUGCGUAUGGGCCGCACCACCAUCUCCAUCGCCCACCGGCUGUCGACGAUAAAGAACGCGGAUGUGAUCGUGGGCUUUGAGCACGGUCGCGCGGUGGAGAGGGGCAAACACGACGAGCUCCUCGAGAGGAAGGGAGUCUACUUCACCCUGGUCACGCUGCAGAGCCAGGGAGACAAGGCGCUCAACGAGAAAGCACGCCAGAUGGCCGAGGGAGAAAAUGCGGGAAAGACGGAUGAAGACUCACAAGGCCUCCUCAGAGCAGGGAGUUAUCGUGAGAGCUUACGAGCUUCUAUUCGCCGAAGAACAAAGUCACAGCUGUCCAAUAUUAUUCCGGAAUCUUCCGUGCCGAUAGCCGGAGAGUUAGGCCCCAGGUCCUAUUCACAGUCGCAGGCUUUCGGGGCAGAGGAUAAGAGUGCCAUACCUGAGGAGGAGGAGGAGGUGGUAGAACCGGCCCCGGUUUCGCGGAUCCUGAAGUAUAACGCCCCUGAGUGGCCCUACAUGUUGUUCGGCUCCAUUGGGGCAGCCAUCAACGGAGGCGUCAACCCUGUGUACUCUCUGCUCUUCAGUCAGAUCCUGGCAACUUUCACGAUGCCUGACGCCACAGAGCAGCGGAAUGCCAUCAACGGGAUCUGCCUCUUCUUUGUGCUCGUCGGUCUCACUUCGUUCUUCACCCAGAUGCUCCAGGGCUAUGCGUUCUCCAAGUCUGGCGAGCUGCUGACCAGGCGGCUGCGCCGACUGGGCUUCCAGGCCAUGCUGGGACAGGAGAUUGGCUGGUUCGAUGACCACAAGAACAGCCCUGGGGCACUGACCACCCGUCUGGCUACAGACGCCUCACAAGUCCAGGGGGCAACAGGCUCUCAGAUCGGCAUGAUUGUGAAUUCUCUGACGAACAUUGGUGUGGCCAUCAUCAUCUCCUUCUACUUCAGCUGGAAGCUGACCAUGGUCAUCAUGUGCUUCCUGCCCUUCCUGGCUCUCUCUGGCGGCUUCCAGGCCAAGAUGCUCACCGGCUUCGCCAAGCAGGACAAGGAGUCCAUGGAGUCCGCAGGACAGAUCUCGGGCGAGGCCCUGAACAACAUCCGCACCAUUGCCGGCCUGGGGAAGGAGCGAAACUUCGUGGAGAAAUACGAGGCCCAGCUGGACGCACCAUACCACGCCGCACUCAGCAAGGCCAAUGUCUACGGCGCCUGCUACGGCUUCGCCCAGUGCAUCGUCUUCCUGGCCAACUCUGCCUCCUACAGGUUCGGAGGAUACCUGGUCAGACAGGAGGGGCUCCACUUCAGCAUGGUCUUCAGGGUCAUCUCUGCCAUAGUGACCAGUGGCACUGCCCUGGGCAGAGCCUCGUCCUACACCCCUGACUACGCCAAGGCCAAGAUCUCCGCCGCACGUUUCUUCCAGCUACUGGACCGCGUACCAAAGAUCAACAUCUACAGCCCUCAGGGCCAGACAUGGAGUGACUUCCGAGGCGACCUGGAGUUCAUUGACUGCAAGUUCACGUACCCAACGCGUCCUGAUAUCCAGGUGCUGAAUGGACUGACCGUCAGCGUGAAGCCUGGACAGACACUGGCCUUCGUGGGCAGCAGUGGCUGUGGCAAGAGCACCAGCAUUCAGCUGCUGGAGCGCUUCUACGACCCAGACCAUGGCAGAGUGCUGGUUGAUGGCCAUGACUCAACUAAAGUGAACGUGGCCUUCCUGCGGUCCAAGAUUGGCAUCGUGUCACAGGAGCCCAUCCUGUUCGACUGCAGCAUCGCCGAGAACAUCCGCUACGGCGACAACCAGCGCGACAUCAGCAUGAACGACAUCAUCUCCGCCUCGAAGAAGGCACAGCUGCACGACUUUGUCAUGGCCCUGCCAGAGAAGUAUGACACUAACGUGGGGUCCCAGGGCUCCCAGCUGUCUCGGGGGCAGAAGCAACGCAUUGCCAUCGCCAGAGCCAUCAUCCGCGACCCCAAGAUUCUGCUGCUGGACGAGGCCACCUCCGCACUGGACACAGAGAGCGAGAAGACAGUGCAGGAGGCCCUGGAUAAGGCGCGAGAGGGGCGUACAUGCAUCGUCAUCGCUCACCGCCUGUCCACCAUCCAGAACUCUGACAUCAUCGCCGUGAUGUCACGCGGCUACCUCAUGGAGAAGGGCAACCAUGAACAGCUGAUGGGCAAGAAGGGAGCAUACUACAAACUGGUCACCACGGGGGCCCCCAUCAGCUAAUACCAACAGCAACAGCACUCUGUACAGCUACAGAUUUAUACAUUGACACCAAUGUGAGGGCUAAGUCAGGUCAGACUUUACAUUAACACUGGUCAGGAGAGCAGUAUGUUUAUUAUGUUUGGGAGGGUCCAAAAUAUUCUGUCUCUUAGGGCUGAACAUUUCUAGCAGAGCUCCUGACACCAGUGCUACGUUUGGUCAGCUCUAGACUUUGUGUUAACACACAUCAGGAUAGCAACCCAAAACAAAACUAAACAGCUUUUUUGAAUCUGAAAACACUUUAAAAGUUGCUGUUCUCUUAGAAUCUGAAAACAUUUGAAAGCUGCUGUUGUCAGCAGUGUUAGUCUUCUUGACAAACUCUGCUAGGCUUCCUGGCCAAAAGAGACAGCUGACUUUAAUUCUUGUUUUGUAUAGACAAUAAUACCUUUGAAGUAGGGAUUCUGUGAAAAGUUCUGUGCAGUCCGGCUGGGAUGAAUUUUACAGAUUACAAAGGCCAGAAAUGCCCUUGAGUUUUUGUUGAUGUUAUUGUUAACUUUAGUUUCAUUUACAGUAGCUUUUAUACUGCUUAAGAAAUUAUUUACAUAUAUAUAACAUGAGCAUUAUGUAAUAUCUACAUACAGUUUAAGAGUAUAUAAUUGUAUUUAUGAAAUUAAAUGAUGUGUAGAUUCAUAUUUUUUCCACAAGAGAUAAUUUAGCCGAGAUAAAAACACAAAAAGUUGGUCCUUAAAUAUGACAAUGUUAAUUUUCAUCUGGCAAGCUUAAUUAGUUCUCAAACAUUAACUGACUGCGUGCUAUGUUAGCAAAUACAAUUCAUCAUAAUGUAUAACACACACAAACACACACAAAGGCUGGCUUGGUAUUCUAGAUUCUGUUUCAGUGCUGUCGUGAUUUGGAGACAGAAGUCACAAAUAAACUCAGUUUGUUUUGUCAUUCAUGUUGUACAGCUAUAAAUGUUUACAUAUGUCAUCAGAUUGUUGUCAUUUGCAUGCCUUCAUAUCAAUGCCAUCUUGAUUUGUGAGUAUUCAUGGAUUCAAAGGCAUAAUUAAUGAAAGUUGUAAGUCUAACAGACUAUUGAAAAUUACAUCUGAUGACCUGAAGUAUUUCCAAUAAAAUGCACAAAGACUGUUAUAA